AAGCUCAUACCCAAGUGGUGCAUCACUGGUCUGUUGGACUAGCGCUCGGACAAGGGUACGUAAUGUGCAUGGCUUGGAAAGCCCCACCGCCGGCUAGACAACUGUUUUAAUGCCUCGGUGAUAUAAUUACACCUGCGGGACUAUUUGAUUUAUGACGUAGCUACAGACGGAAGGUAAACCAUUCAACCAUUCUUCUUUUCCUUUUUUUUAUGACUUAAUAAUCACCGGUUUGAGAAUAAGCAUGGAUAUUAUUACAGUAUUGAUGAUAGGUGCAAUUUAUAUGAGUUAUUGAUUUGUUUUGUGAUUCUUGGGCUGAGAUUUGGAUAAAGAAUUAUAACGCAUUUUAUUCACAUCAUAUAUUUUCUAAUGCUUAUGGUGAUGUAGAUUAAACUUGACAUGGUGACUAAAGCAUUUAUUACCCCUACAUUACUGUGUUUUUGUUUGUAAUAAUUUAUCUGAUAUUUAUGUCAUUAUUAUUGUCUAUCGUAUUUGAUGUGGCAUUGCUUUGAGUCAGUUGUAAUCAAAAUGUAGCUUUUAUAUCUCCCUAACUUUAUAUGAUUUGGAGUGCUUCUAAUGCACUUCGUUCAAACUGAAAUAAAACUCACUCAAAUUAUGACACCUUUACGCUUCUUAAAUGCUGCUAUAAAUAAACCAACUGAAAAAGGCCAGAUCAAAACAAAUCUGAAGUAGUGAUCCUACCAAAUCUUGCAUGCUAGUUUUUAGCACGCAACCUCUCGUUGGUCACGUGGACGACUCCUAGCUGUGAAAGCAGGCUGGAUUAUUUUAAGAUGUGUGGUUACAUCUUGGGUGGCAGUGGAAACGCUUGGAAGGCCUGGGAGAUGUUUGUGGCGUCUAACAAAUCAGCGAAUGAUCCCCUUUAGGUCCACUCAUCAUAACUCUCCUGGCAUCCCUGUGUUCACCUGCACAAAGAACAUUCUAUUUGGUGAUUAGCAUUUUUUCGCUUAUCGCGUUUUUUGAGCUGACUGUGGCGGUGUUAGUAAAUCAAACAGGUGCAGUUAACCAAUAGUAAACAGUCCUGGCUAGAGGUUCCAUCUGGGUUGCCCUUCACUCUCCAACAGGAAUGUUACUUAUGCAGGUCAUGGGUGAAGAUGUGCUGGUAUUUUUCCACUGUCUGUGCCACAGGCUUGGUCUCGCAACAACAUAUCACAAGAGUUAGAUUUGUAAUGCAAGGUCACUUUUUCCUUAUGGUUUCUCGUACUGGCCUAUAGAGAUUGAUAUAGUAGUCUAGUACACUAGACGCAAAUGAUAAAAAAAUAUAUAAAACAUUCCACUACAAUAUACAGGAUAUAUAUAUAUGAUGACAUAAUACCAAUAAGACAGAAUAGUAAAAGAUUGAUUUAAAUAUAAUAAUAGUGGCCUACAGUAUGACAGGACCGUGCAAAGCAUAUGGUUCAACAUGAUUUUUUAUGACAUGAAGAUGUCAGCAACAAAAAUCGAAAUAAUAAUAUGAACCCCAUUAAUGACCAAUUGUUUUGGUUGUCAGUGAUCAUUAAAUAUUAUGCCAAUGGUAACUUUGAGUCUCAUUAAAGAGUUUAUAAGCAAUUAAGGCUUUCAAGAUGGAAGCAUGUAUUAUCUAAAAGCCUUAAUCUCAGUGGGUGGAAAAAGCAUGGUUUCCUGUUGAUAAGGUGUGUCAAAAAGCUACUUUAAAUACACUCACCAAGUAGUGGCGAGGGGGUAUUUCUGGAGUGAAAGAUAAACAAAUCACCUGAAGUGACAGCUAGGGGGUGAUAUUGGUCUUGGAUAAUUUUACCAGAGAGUAGAGACACCUUUAGAUAACACCCCUCUUGCCAUACAGCUUUCAUAACUGUCUUUUGUGUUUUGCUUAACGAAAUUGAUGUCAUGUCAAGUUCAUACUUUCUUUUGCAGGCACUGAAAAAAGACAUAGCAAUUGCUCUCUGAGGGAGAAAUUACAUCAUGUAACCCCAGAUCAACAAACCCCCCACAGUCGUCUACUACUGCUAAGCCCUUGGUUGUAAAUUAGUCUGGAGCUUCUAUACUGGGGCUCAGGUCCCAGCCCCCCUACUGCCAACUUCCAGAGACACAUUCGUGGAUAUCCCUAUGGAUCCUUCAGCUAAUCUUUCAGACAGUCGGUCUGAGUCACUGAAGACUCUCUCUGACACGCAUACUGAGGAAAUGGAGCCUUCACUUCCCAAUAAAACCACAUAUGUGGAAUCACUUGUUUACAAGAGACAUGCAGAAGCUGUUGCGGAUCCACCAAAGCCCCUUUGCUGUAUGAACAAAAGCGUUUCGAAAAGACCUGAAAUUGAAACCGUGUCCGACCACGAUUGUUUGAGAUCUUUGUCGCCAAACGGUACCUCGCCAGAAUGGCGUUUCGUAGACGACCACACAAACCUUCAACCAAUUUCAAGUGCAGUUAACUGUCACCGGAAAAAGAGUGAUUUGAGCGUCCAUAAAUAUAGUACACCUUCCACAAGCAACUCACCUCAAAUUACAAGUUGCCUUCCAUCAGCCCCCAGUUGUCACACAGUGCCCUCAAAAACCCUCCCAGACCUCUACCAUAAAGAAGCAGCUGUACAUUACAGUCUGAAGCAAGAUCCCAGUACUAGUAAAGCUCAUAGGAUGGUGUCACCUACUUUAAUCAGUUUGAUGGAUCGACCUCAAUCUGAUCAAACGGACCCUGAGACUGAAUGGACCCCCUGCAGCCUGGAACACGACAGUAACAACAUUGAUCCUUCCACACUCAUAUCAGAUCUUUCGAGUGGUUUGACAGAGAGCGACUGUGCUGUGGAGCAUCUGUUUAUCUUGGAGAGUGAGACACAGGACUUCCUCAACCUCAGCAGCCAAUCUAAUCCAGCCUUGGACCACCAGAUAUCUUCUGACAGACCCUCAGUGUUUCCCCAGAGCCUCUUUAGUAACACACUUUUCCCCAGUGAAGACAUUUUGCAAGGGGCUAUGACUGAAUCCCAUAACCAUUUAUUUAAAAAUAUGGACUUGGAUUCAGACUCUGAACCGUGUACCCAACAAAUUGGGCUGGAACCGCCAACUGGAACAGACAAUGCCUGGAAGCAUGUUACGCCAGUGGGUGAAACAGGGUCAACCAGUCAUGUAAAUUCCCAAGUGGUGCAAAGCGACAACCCCAUUGAUCUAUGGAUGGACGCCUGUCAGUAUAUGUCCAGCCAGGACAAAGGAGCCGGCAAGCCAGACAGCGAGGGGAUCAUUGUGGACCAGUCGGCGAAUUCAGCAUUGAGUGAAGGGGCUGAUAUCACCGCCUGGUCCUGGCCUUGUCCUUCUGCAGACAGAGAGAUGUCCGGUCACCCCUCCAUGGAGCAGGGUGAUGCAAUGCGGCGUGUGUCCAGUGGUGACAUCGGAGUUUGGGGGCCUCCUCUCAUCGAGAGGUGGUCAUCGGUUGACAGCUGGGAGACGGCGCUCUCGGACUGGGCUGCCAUCAUCGCAUCUCCCCCGGAGGAGAUCACGGCCGCCUUCACGGAGAUCGGUGCGGAGAUAGACGCCCUGACACAGGCGCUCGCACGGGAUUCAGAAGCGCGUAACGCGAUGGCGUUGCUAGUGAAGACAACCGGCCACGUGAGCACACGGGAAGAUACACUCCUGAGGGGCCGGGAAGACACGGGGUCGUCUGACGUUCACCCACAGACGCAGAUGAUGAUGGACGUCCCGGAUCAGUCAGUGGAGUCACAACCCAGUUCUGACCGCUGCGUAAGUCCAGUCGGAAGCAGUUCCACCAUCACCGCCCCCUCCCCUAACACACCAACAGAUCCCGCUGUCGUCGAGGACCACCUUGAGGUUAAGCCAGAAAGUUCAACUGCAACUCCAAGAGAGGAGAACAGGCAUACAGGAGAGAUCAAGAGCGCCCGGGACCAGGACUCGAUUCCCCCUGUAGACACACAUUCAUCAUCGAGUGUAUCCUCUGUUAUGUUGACCUCUCUGGGAGAAUGUUCUAUUGAUGUGAGGACAGCUGCCCUGAUCUCCGGACAUCCCGGGAUCCCGGCGGUCCUGGAGGAGUCUGAUCCGGAUGUGGUCCAGUUCCGGGGAUAUGUUGGUCCAACGGACAGAGAUGGUGACACAAGCAACGGGGAAGACGACGUUUGGCUUCACAUUGAAGAGGAUGUGGACGAGGACUUGGAGAGAGAGUGCGCUCAGACUGAGCUCAAGUUUGAAGGGCCUCACGGAGGUGCCGUGUAUAAAGUGACAGCGGAGGACCUCGUCCCCCAGCACGACUCAUCGGUUGCGGACAGAGAUUUACGGCACGGUGCGUCAGAGCUGACUGACUCCCCUCCAACUGUUGUUGAGUCAGAGACGCUUGAGUCAGAAGCUGCCGGAGAGGAACCCUACUGCCUCACCGACGCCACACAUACCCUGAGGAACACACACGUGCCCCUGGGGGACGCAAUAAACCAAGCGUCACAUGAAACUCCUCUGCAACAGAAUGUCCUGUGUUCCAGUGAGGGUCCUGCCUCUGCUAUUCCAGCAGCGCCCCUCGCUAUUGGCAGCCAGCAUCUCUGUGUGACCAUUAACGGUUUGGAAGGAGAUCAAGACUUCGCCCGAGUUGAGGUUUUCGAUGACAACAAGGAGGCCAGCUGUCCUCACACAAAGACCUGUGUACCUUUGCCAGCCCUUGAAGCCCCUGGUAGGUCACCUUUGCGGCGCUGCCACCAGAAUAAAACACAGUCCACCGAUGGGACUGAACAUUCAAACUCUGAGGAGGAAAUAAAGGGAGAGUCGCCGGUUAGUUUGGACGAUGAUGUUCUUCAACGAGGCUUGUGUCAUUUAGGAGGCCGUUUUACGACAGACCGCAACGCACUUGAUAUCAACCAAGAUAUCGAGGCCUUGAGUAGAGAACUGGCCAACCUGGUCUCUGUUCCCGGGGCUCAUUUCCUGCACUCGGAGAAGAGACGCCUGGCGUGCUUCACACUAGACUUGGUGGAUCCGUUCUUCCCGAGGGCCACAAAGGACACGGCACCCCAGGGACUGCAGAACGGGGACCGGCCCGGAGCCGUUGGCCAGGAAGAUCUCACGAUGCCUCACAAAAUGCACAGGAGCAACUUGGACUUUAAGGCGCGACCAAAAAAGGUCGGGCCCACGACUGGGCUGCAUCCUGCCACGCCCACCUGCAAGAGGCAGGAGAACCUCUCUGCUAAUGCCCCGGGGCAUGACAACCACACCAAGGUUGACCCAUUGAAUGGACAGGAGGGUAAGGAGGAUGGCGCCGUUACCGCGGUCAAUGGCCCUACGGUGAGCGACGUGCCCGUUGCCAAGUCAUUAUGCAAGAAGAAGAAGAAACACACCACCCAGAAUGCAACAGUGGUGAUGAUCGAGCCGGAACCGCCGUUGGUGAAAGAGGAGAAAGGCACCAAACAGAAGGCGAUGGAUGGAAAGAUAAGCGCGUUUGAAGCAAAGUUCGGUCCUAAGAUCAGUAAAACGAAAGAUAAAGUAGCAGUUAUUUCCGGUAAGCUGGAAAGUGCGCAAGCAGAUGGUCUUCAGCAGAAGUCACAGCACCCUGAGGCUAAAGCUUUAGCAGGGAAAGAGCCUCCAAACAGGGGAACCCACGUAAAACUGCAGGAAACCCCUCAGACGAAUCAGAUCAACGAAGACGCAGUUAAAAGGAGGCGCCUCUCGGAAAAGAAGUUUGGGAAGAUGGUGAGUGCUCUGGAGUCUAAGAUCAACAAGACAGAGGUUGCUACGGCGCCGAAGAGAGAGGAAGCCAAGGCUGGCGUUGAUACGACACGCAGGAAGGCCUACAGUGAUGUGGUCAAACAGAAACCCCCUAGAGAAGAGCCCAAGGUGGUGGUGGUGAUCCAGGUGGAGCCGGUGAGCGGAGACCCUCUGAGCUUGUGUCUGUGGUGUCAGUUCAGCGGCGUGGUCAGCGACCACACUGUCACCUGGAGCCGAGAGGGCCGCACCCUGAGCGAGCUCAAGAGGAGUGGAGGGGAUGAGAGCAGAGUCUCGCUCACCAUUUCUAAGGCCUCUCAUCAAGACUUGGGCAAAUACCAGUGUGUCCUCACCAGCCUGCAUGGAUCACUGAGCCUAGACUACCUGCUCACCUAUGAAGUGCUGAGUCAGAUCGUCGUCCUUGCAACUCCUAAAACCAUCCCAUGUGAGUCGUCAUAUACUUCCCCCGUCGACAUCGUGGGCAACGAGGAGAACGUCCGCUGCUCCCGGCUGCUGUUCAGGGAGGACUUCCUGUCCCAGCAGUACUUUGGGGAGAACCAGGUGGCCAGCAUCGUCACGGAGCCGGUCCACUUCGGGGAGGGGAUGCACCGGCGGGCCUUCCGGACCAAGCUGCAGGCCGGCCUGGUGUCCCAGCUGGAGCCGGGGAACAUCUGCGUGCUGAAGGUCCACACCUCCAUCACCUACGGGACCAAGGACAACGACGAGCUGGUGCAGAAGAACUUCAGUCUGGCUGUGGAGGAGUGCCAGGUCCAGAACACGGCCCGGGAGUACAUCAAGGCCUACACCACCGUGGCCCAGUCUGCCGAGGCCUUCGGAGAAGUCCCAGAGAUAAUUCCAAUCUACCUGGUCCACCGUCCCUCCAACGCCGUCCCGUACGCCACCCUGGAGGAGGAGCUCAUCGGGGACUUUGUGAAGUACUCGGUCCGCGACGGCAAGGAGAUCAACCUGAAGAGGAGCGACUCGGAGGCGGGCCAGAAGUGCUGCGCCUUCCAGCACUGGGUGUACGACAACACGGACGGGAACCUGCUGGUCACCGACAUGCAAGGCGUGGGUAUGCGACUUACCGACGUUGGAAUCGCAACCUGUAAAAAAGGCUACAAGGGCUUCAGAGGGAACUGUGCCACGUCGUUCAUCGAUCAGUUCAAAGCCUUACACAUGUGCAACAAGUACUGUGAGAUCCUCGGCCUGGCCUCCCUCCAGCCCAAACCCAAGAAGACCUUCUUAGCCCCCAAACCCAAGCCUCAGCCCUCCUCAGCCCUCCCCAAGAAAAAGACAUUCGGUCCCACUGUGAAGGGAAAGUCAUGAUGAUGGAGAAUAACAGACGAGAUGUCUGGGACAUUAAUGGUAUAAGUGUCGGGUCUUUGUCAAGGUCGCUUCCACCGCCUCUGAGGUUUCUUGAUGAAACUGGACUUCUGAAAGGGGACUCGAACUCUGAAUGGGGAUUCGAACCGAAUGGAACUUGGAGAAGAGGACGUACAGGUUAAGAAGGCCUGGAGAAGACAAUGUUAUUGGAGGAGGGUCGUUUUGUCCAAUUAUUUUCUUUCUUGUUUCAGCUUUGGAUUCUGAGGCUGAUCUAUGACUUUAGACGACGGUUAAGGAUUAAUUUGUUUCGUGUUUUGAAACAUAAAUCUCUUUAUAGGAAUCAUCUUGAGGUGUUAUUGGAUAGUGAGAUAAAAUGAUUUUUGAGAGAACCUGACAGUGAAUAAACUCGGAAAUGAAUGUAGCUUGUUUGUCAGCAGAACGAUAUACAAAGCCCAAUGUCUUAGACUGAAAUGUAGCAAUAUUAUAUUAUUUUCUUAACAGAUUGGGGAAGCUGGUUUUUUUUCUUUCUUGAUUUUGUACCUCUGGCACCUUUUAAGUGUUUCUGGCUCACGUUAAUACAAACACAAAACAUUGGCACUUGAUAAAUAACAAGCCUUGUUUUAAUUAAGUAAUGUGUGCAAUAUGAUUGGCAACUGAUUGUGAGCCUCACUCAUAAGGGCUUGGCCCCGGUGAGAAUUUUAAUGAAGAGGACUUGUAUCAACCAAGUCCUUGAGGUCGAUCGAUAUCCUCUACUUUUACUGUUCACUGAGUAAAUAUACUGAUUUUUGAUGAACCCGUUUGUCCCAUGUUUUGUUUCAUCCAUCUGGUUUUUAUUUAUCAUUUAAUUUUCUGUCUAUCUGUUUUUCUAUCUCACACACUCUUUCAAAAUAUAUUGCUGUUUGUAAGUCUUUCUGUCAAAAGGG